AAUGUGCAUCAUAAUGUCACAGAAGGCCUAAAAUGUUAUAGUGUGCGGCCAUUGCUCACGAGGAGGCAGAGUGCCGUGUUGCCGAGUGCCACUGGACCACAUACGAUUGUUGAUGGUAAAGAAGUUGUGAACUUUGCAUCAGCAAAGUACCUCGGUUUAAUUGGCAACGAAAAGAUUAUUGAUUCUUGCAUCAGUUCAUUGGAGAAGUAUGGUGUUGGUUCUUGUGGUCCACGUGGCUUUUAUGGAACAAUUGAUGUCCAUCUUGACUGUGAGUCAAAGAUAGCUAAAUUUUUGGGGACUCCAGACUCCAUUCUUUAUUCAUAUGGGAUUUCUACAAUAUUCAGUGUGAUACCUGCCUUCUGUAAGAAAGAAGAUAUCAUAGUCGCGUAA